CCAAAACCAGAAGAAACUCAUUCUUUUACGUACAAUACAAACAUUCCACAAUGGCCGAAGAUGAUCCUCAAGAUGUAGCUGAUAGGGAACGAAUUUUCAAGCAUUUUGAUUCCAAUGGUGAUGGGCAAAUCUCUUCACAAGAGCUUGGUGAAGCCCUUAAAGCACUCGGAUCUGUUACCCCAGAUGAAGUUCAACGGAUGAUGGAUGAAAUUGACACAGAUGGUGAUGGCUUCAUUUCUCAUCAAGAGUUCACAGAUUUUGCACGAGCCAACAGUGGUCUAAUUAGGGAUGUAGCCAAGAUUUUCUAAGUUUUUCC